CCUCUUGUCUGUCUUUGCUCAAGCUGCUAGCCAUCGAUGUGUGUGUGUGUGUUGUUGUUGAAGCAAUGAUGGCGGCAGCGGGAUGCGGAUCAGCAACCGCGGCUGCCGGAGGAGGCCAAGGUGGAACCGCUACGGCCAGAGGUCGUUUUCCCGGUCGGCCUUGGUCAUCACGCAGUCGUUUACGCUCCGAGAAGCGAUGGCAACUCGGGCGAUCAGGCUUAGAAGGUGAUGAUGUGACUUGCGGAGGGCCCAGGCCCGCAAACCUGGUUGUAUCGUUAAACGAAGACCAGUCUCACUUGCGCUUACUUGGAAUAGAGGCGAGCCACAAGACCCUUGGUCAGGCUGGAUACAGCUCUAGUGGGAGUGAAGAGGUGAGGUCCCAAACCGACUCAGGAGGUGAUGAUUUCAGAGGUUUUGAAGCUGAAAGAAAAAGCUCUAAAGGAGCAAAAUGGUCUCGACAAAACCCUUCUAAAGGUGAUGUCAAAACAAAAUCUAAACGACAACGUGAUAAGAAGGUGCCCCUUAUUACGCCAGCCGAGGAGGCAGCUAUUUGUCCACCUGAUCCUGUGAAAGAUAAACAUUUGGCGGAGGUGAAGCACACCGCUUCUUCCAAAUCAGAGACUGCUAAAGGUUCCAGGAAACGCUCUAAAGCCAAGAACUCCGUGGAUCAGGAGUUGACCAAAGGCGAGGCGUUGUCACCAGCGCCAAGGAUUACAAUAAAGUUGGUGACUAAAAAGAAAAAUAAAACUGUAAAGGAGCCUCGUGAAAAGUCUGUCAAGAAGAUGAAGGGAAAAGGAAUUGCGGAACAGCCCCACGUCAACACCAGUCAGGCUGAACACAUUUCCAGUGCUCAUGUCAAAUUAAAAGCUGAGGCUGCACAAGACAAAGGAGUGGGGACUUUACCUGCGAGAAGACGUGGACGAUCUGCUUCAAAGGGAACAACAUCGCCCUGCCAGCCUCGUGCCAAUGUUGCUGCCGAGGACCGGAAGUCAGCUGAUCAAGCUGACACCGCAAUAGAGACUGUGCAGUCAAUAACAAAGGCAACGCAGUCCAAAUUUAAAAAAGCCAAUCAGAAAGUGAUUCGGAGAAGCAAGAGAGUCACCAACCCACUCUCAAUACCUGUCUCGAAUGGUGCUGCUGAACCAGAAAAUCCCAUAAAAAGUGAUUCCACUGUUGACACAAAGUCAAAAGUGUCCAGAAAAGUUGAAUCUAAACCACCAACGAGAAGGGGUGGACGGAGGCAAAGUAAGAGGCUAAACAAGAAGGACGUUUCAGUGGCAGAUAACCAUUCUCCAUCUUCCACAGAGACUGAUCAUUUAGCGGUGCAACCCAGUGACAGGUUACCUUCAAACGAGGAAGCGAGGGUCCCAAGUUUGAAGUUGAUAAAAAUCAAAAACCCAAAAUACGAUGCACAUUCCAGCGGGAAGCAUUCAGCUCGAAAAAAGAAGCGGAAAAAAUUCAUCUGGACUUUAUCAUUAGUUAAGUUAGGAAUUCAGACCCAGCCUGCUGAAAGCACUGUCAAACCGAGAGAGAAGAGGGGACAUGAAGUGGAUCUGCCCACUCUGUGCGGGAGUAUUGCAGACAGCAGUUUGACAGGAGUGGAACACGUUUCGCAAGUGGAUAACUCGGCUCCACAAGAGAGUAAUUCAACAGACAGCAAUGAGAAAGACAGCCAAAAAGACGCUGAUAUGACCGGUGAGAAAAAGUCCAUGUUGCAAGUGGAAGUUACAGCAGCAGGCGAAAAUGAAAGCUGUCAUCAAGAAGUCAAAAAUUCAGAUUACGGGAAAGUCCCACCUCUUCAAAUAAAAAAACUCUCCUCUCCUGGCAAACAUAAAAAAUCCAAGGCAUCCUUUUUGGUUCAACAAGUUAGCCCUGUGCCUGAAAAGAAAGACGACGCUCUCAAAGAAGGAGGUAAAGUUCAAGAGGAAAAAGAACUGUCUUUGGAUGCGGAAGUCCAGCCCACCAGGAGACUGCGGAGGAGAACGGCAAGCCUUGAGUCGCCUCCAAAAAAGCCCGACAGCCGUAAACCUGUAAAGACUCCGGCAAAGCGACGGUCGAGAACAAGUCCACGGGUGGAAAAAACACCCCAGAUGGAAGUUGCUGUCCCUGCUCAGGUUUUAAUAGAAGAAUUCAGUGCACCCGCUCUCCCUGAAAUGUCCUCACAGGAAACUAGCAUUAACACCUCUGAUAUUCCUGACAACAAUUCUGCAGUGAUAACGGAUGAUCCCUUACCGGUGCCUCGUGAAGAGUCUCUGCAGAAGACAAUAGAGAAUGAGAUUGACCUACAAAUGAAGGAGGCCAAACCAUUGCCUGUGCCUUUGAAACGUAGGAGAUAUCGAAAUAAUACAUUUGGGAAAAAGAGGUCUUCUAAAAAGAAGAAGACUGCUGUUUCUCAACAAAGCACUGUUGAUGCAGAGUUGGCCACUGUUGAAUCUGCUGGCACAGAGUCUGUCCUUCAGCAUGACAGUCAACCUUUAGCAACAGAAACAAGUCUGCCUGAGGCCGUAGACGAAAGCAUCCAGCCUGAGCCCUUGGAAGAAAGCAUCCUGCCUGAGGAAAAUGAGGUCACUGUAUUAGCGGAGGAAGAGCAGAGACAACCACCAGUAAAAGAGGAAACAGACAUUCAGUUAAUAGAUUGUCAGCAGUCGUUACCUUUGGAAAGUCAAGCAAGUGAUCCAAACGCAUUGUGCUUACCAAAGAAAUCCCGUAAAAAAGUAAAAAAGAAGCGUAAAAGUUUAAUUGGGCAGCGUCAGAAGCACAGGCACCGGAACAAGGAUGGAAAGUUUGCUCCACUUAAAUCACCAAAAAAUCAGGGAACAAUUGAAGAAGAUGCCGACAUUUCCAUCCAGUCAGAAGUUAGCGCUUCCUCCCCAGGUACUAAACUCGUUGGUGUGCAUAAAAAGUAUAAAAAGAGACCUUCACCUGGCCUUCACCUACACUCUAAAAGGCCAGAAUCUAUCGUUUCUACACUGAUAGAAAUAGGGCUUGACAAAGACAGCGAUAGUUUGAAACAGGAAGAAACUGACUCAAUAGUGGAUGGGUCACGAACAGAUGCUGCCGACCAGCCACCUGGCAAAACAAAGUUUGUGAAAAACAUCAAACACUUCAUAAUGCCUGUUGUAAGUGCUAGAUCCUCUCGAGUGAUCAAGACCCCACAACGAUUUAUGGAUGAUGUUGGAAUGUCUGUGUUGCCGCGGAGAAACUCGCCAAAAAAAGGUUUGCAACUGGGCUUGCAAAUUCGCACUGGAAAGAGGCGAGAUGAAGGGCCCGGCCGAGCCAUCUCCCCCAUCCUACCAGUUGACGAGGAAGACAUAUUGAGAGAAGCUCAGUUGGAUCUGGAUCUGUUUUCAUCAGACGAUCUGGACGACACAGCCGACAUAACUGACCUCUUUUCUGAGACAAAAAGCGUCAAGGGGCAAAAGAAGAGCUCCCUUCAGAAGAAUUCCAGUUUCAAAUGGGAUCUGCCUCCAGAGUUGACUGAGGAAAUUUUUACACUGGACAAAACUCCAGAGGACAAAUGUGAGGAUCUCUUUUUAUCUUCACCAGUUGAUAAACCCAGAGAAUGUCUAUCUAUUGGGCUUUUGGAUGCUCAAAAAAAGAAAUCACCCCUUAGGUUGAAUAAGCAAGCAGCACAUUUUAAGAUUUAUCAAAGAUUGAACAAGUUGCACAAAGGACUUCCCCCAAGCAAGACGGCAGCAGAAAUGGAAGGUGUGAGCAAAUCUCUUCAGCCGCCUGUCGAUUUAGCUGAAGGACUUGACGAUGAGGCCAUGAGCAUUAGCCUGAGGCAGCGCAGCGCAGACACUGUGAAGGAAAAAUCCAAACUCAAGAUAGAAGACGUUGACUCACCUGGGGUUGUGAGAAAAGUUUGUAUAAAAGCUACGAAGUCUAGGUUGCUUGCUUUUCAUAGUGCUGAUAAAGAGGAUUCAGUCGGCAACGACAACAUCAAGCUUCAUUCAGCCGAGCUCCAGUCAGGACAGCAGUCAGGUGUAGGUGAAGACGACCAUCCUGCAUCAGUGGGGAAAGGAGCUUCACAGAGGGCGCGGGUUACUGGUGCCAAUAAAAGAAUGCUCAACCUGCUCAGGAAGGCUAAAGCCCAGCUCAUGAAAAUUGAUCAGCAGAAACAUAUGAAGUCCUCUGGGCUGUUAUCAGGGCCAACUGGUGCUCGAUCGAGAAACUUGACCUCUAAAAGACAAAGAAGGAAGCAGAGGGUGCAGCUUGAUACCAAUGUUCCAAUCAAGACAGAGCAACCUCAAGGACAACCCCAGCUCAUCUCUCCGCUGUGCCAAGAGUUCCGUCAGGCAGGAGGUCCACGCAUCAAGCACGUUUGCAGAGCCGCUUCUGUGGUGCUUGGACAGCCUCGGGCCUUGGUACCAGAUGACAUUCCCAGGCUCAGCGCUCUGCCUCUUCACGAAAGAACAGGCAUCUCUCCUUCAGCUGUCACAAACGAUGUUGCAGAUGGCUCUCCUUCAGAAUCAGACAGUCCCGACUUCUCAGACUCAAAAGUCACUAAGGUCAAGAAGGCUUCAAGUUUUGUGAAACGAAAAGGACUCGGGCCAUUCGGGUACCGCUCUCGGAGGUGUGGUGUAUGCAAAGGCUGCAACCAUGAGGAUGAUUGUGGGACAUGCAUCAACUGCCUCGACAAACCCAAGUUUGGUGGUCCCAACACCAAACGACAGUGUUGCGUGUACAAGAGGUGUGAUCAGAUUGAAGAGAGGAAAGCACGACGACUGAGUGGGAGAACAGCACCCAAAGGUUCAAAACGACGGCGACCCUCUUUCAGUGGCGGGCAUUCAAGCAAUGAUGAAGGGAUGGAGGGUGCAGUCGACUCGCCUUCUGGUCUCCAAGGUGACAGUCAUAGUCCAUCUGUGAGGAAGCAGCCAAAACGGGUCGUGAAACCACGCGUCUACUUUGACCUGAUGGACUAUGAUUCAGAUCUGGAUGAAAAGACACUUAGCUCAGCAUCACCAGCUAGGAGAAGGGGCAAUGGAACUCGUUUGAGUCCAGACUUUGUUUCACUGGAUGGAUUCCUUGGAGAUAUAUCAGAUGAUGAGACGCGGCAUCGAAAAUCCAGUUCACACCGUGUGCCAUCUGUUCGACGUAAACCCGAUAAGGGUAUGUCAUCACAGGCACCCUUUGAGGAAACUCCUCCAAGUGUCCUAGCUGCCCUGGCUAAUGGAUUUGAGCAGAGAGAUGUUGAGCCUUCGAAACCCACCCAUAAAAUACGGGUUGACUUCAAGGAGGACUGUACUUUGGAAAAUGUGUGGAACAUGGGUGGUUUAAGUAUCUUGACCUCCGCACCCAACAUGCCACCGUAUGUGUGCCUCCUUUGUGCCAGUAAAGGGCAACAUGAGAUGUUGCAUUGCCAAGUGUGCUGUGAGCCUUUUCAUUGGUUUUGCCUUGAAGAGGCAGAGCGCCCCUCAGUGGAAAAUAAGGAAAACUGGUGUUGUCGUCACUGCAAGUUUUGCCAUGUAUGUGGCAGGAAAAACAAGCAAUCAAAGCCGUUGUUGGAGUGUGAAAGAUGUCAGAAUUGCUAUCACGCUUCCUGUCUCGGACCAAAUUAUCCAAAACAAAACAAGAAGAGGAAAGCUUGGGUUUGUAUGACAUGCAUCAGGUGUAAAAGUUGUGGGGUCACACCAGGGAAGAGCUGGGACAUAGACUGGAAUCACGAUAAAGGACUAUGUCCAGACUGUUCAAAUCUCUAUGAACAGGGUAACUAUUGCCCAAUCUGCUUCAAGUGCUAUGAGGACAAUGACUAUGACAGUCAGAUGAUGCAGUGUGGAACAUGUAACCACUGGGUACAUGCCAAGUGUGAGGAUCUGACAGAUGAACUGUAUGAGAUCCUAUCUAGUCUACCAGAGAGUGUGGUGUAUUCAUGUCGGCCCUGCAGUGUGACUCAGCCUAGUGCCUGGAGAGAACUGCUAUACAUCGAGCUUCGAUCUGGGGUGGAGAAAGUUCUAGCCUGCUUGCUGUCUUCCACUCUCACCCAGCAUCUUGUUACCUGCUCACAGUGUGAAAAGUCAGUGGACCCUGACAGUGGAAUAGAAGGACGACCAGCUUGUGAUCUCCGAGCUGUAGGCAAGAAGUUUGACAAGGGCCUUUACACCACGUUGAAAAUGUUCCAUGACGAUGUGGUGCAGGUGAUAAGAAACCAGCUCGAACAGGAGGAAGACCUUCCAGAAGAGGAAAGACCCACUGCCCUGGCACGCUCAUACUAUCUUAAGCUGCUUGAAGAAGUUUUCAAUUGGUUCAACAGUCAAGACCCAAAAGUGUGGAACCCCCGUACCAAAGAACUGCCCAUGGGGAUGCUGUCGCAUGCUGUUCAUCCUCCUACCAAUGAGCAUGUUUAUGCCCAGUGGCAAGAGAGGGAAGAACUCAUAUCAAGGGACCCAUUGGAACAUCUGCAGGAUGAUAACAGACAGAAUUUGGUGGAAACAAAAGAAGAGAUGACUGCUCCAAUGUCUGCAGAGGCAGCAAGCUGGAACCACAUAAAACACAGCAGGGACUUCAGGCUCAAAUCGAAAGGGAAACGGGGACGACAUCAGAAAGCAGAUAUAGACACUGGCUGGUCAAAGGAUGAUGAGAGACAGUGCUCCUUGUGCCAAAAAUAUGGAGAACGAAAACCUAAUGAUGCUGGUAGAUUGUUGUACCUGGGCCAGAAUGAGUGGGCGCAUGUCAACUGCUGUCUUUGGUCAGCAGAGGUGUUUGAAGAGGACGAUGGCUCUCUACUACAUGUGCACAGUGCUGUCACAAGGGGUCGCUUAAUGCGAUGUGAACGUUGCAACCAGCCGGGCGCCACAGUAGGCUGCUGCUUGACUUCCUGUCAGAGCAACUAUCACUUUAUGUGUGCCCGCUCCCGGCACUGUGUGUUCCAGGACGAUAAGAAGGUCUACUGCCACAAACACAAACAUCUGCUCAGUGGAAAGGUGAUCACCGGUCAAGAGUUUGAAGUAAAGCGACGAGUGUAUGUGGAUUUUGAAGGCAUCAGCCUCCGAAGGAAGUUCUUAACUGGUCUGGAACCGGAGUUAAUCAAUGUCAUGAUUGGUUCACUACAGAUUGAUAAGCUUGGUGUCCUGUCAGAACUAUCAGCCAACAAAGGAAAGUUGUUUCCUGUGGGAUUUCAGUGUUCGCGCUGGUACUGGAGCACAGUCAAUCCAGUGCAAAAAUGCAAAUACACAUGCACAGUCCGAGAAGUCCAACCUUUAAUACCAGAGAAACCUGAUGAGGACAUGCCUGACCAAGGAGAUAAUCACACCAUUGAGCACAACCCCUGUCCAUUACCAGAAACUGAGAACCAAGAGACAGACGCAUCAGAAACACAUCCUCAGCCCGAGGAACUGCUUGUCAGAGUUCUGUCUACAAAACCAGACUAUGGGACAAAGCCAAAGAUUUCCAGUUAUCCCCAAACCAGGAGACCAGCUGGAGGACUGUCCCGACCUUUGCCAUCGCCAGGAGCAAUCCCAACAAAACCUCACCACAUACUAACAGUAAGUGAUCUGGAAGAGACCCGGAGGGCGCGGCGCCACAACCCCCACUCACAGACAACAGGACUCCGCAGUAACAUGUCUCCUUCUACUCUGGGCCCCCCAACUGGACCAGUCACUCUCCGUGCAGGGAAAGCUUCCGUUCCAACUUCCCCACUAUUCCCAAGUGCUGGUUCAGACACCCUGAUAAAUUCUGUAUCAGCCCGCCUAGGUGGGGGCCGAAGUGCUUCCUCAGUCCGUUGCCCUGGUAACGCGAAAACCCAUUGUGCCUCAUCUUUCUUUCCUCAGUCUCCCUGGCAGGACAGUACAGGAACAUAUCCACCUCCAAGUCUGUCUUUGUCCUCAUCAAUACAGAAUUUACCCAGGACUAGAUUAUCUUUCGAUCUGAGCCAGUCUGAUUCUGUUGAGGUACCGCACAACUUCUUAGCUUCUCCAGAGCCGGAGGAUGUGUCUCCAGCAAAUGGCAGUUCACCCCAGGGUGGCGAACAGAAGGAUGAAGAGGAAUUUCGGUACAGUCCAUUCCACAAGGAUUCCAGUGUGGUUGUGGCCGAGGAGAUUGAAGAGACGCUCCUGAAUGAAGUUGUGGCUAUGAACUGUGGUGGACAAAUAGUGGUGGAAGGGGAUGAUCAAGAGGAAUUUUGGGGAAGAACCCAAGAAGUACAGAAAAGAAAGUCCCUUGUUGCCAGUCUGCCACGGUCAGCAGCCUCAGGCAGGAAUGACUUGGGGAACACCUCUUCAGAUGAUGAUCUGGAGCACUAUUUUGACUUCUCACGAACUAUUGUUAGCUGUCCUGGGUCUAAAGAUCAUUCCAAGUCUCCCACAUCUUCUUCCUCCCGGAGCAUGGCUCAAGUUGAUGGUGUGGAUGACGGAACAGAGAGUGAUGCAAGCGUCUCUACAAUUGAUGAUGCUCAGAAAGUUGGAGCUUCCGGUAAAACAGUCAUUCCAGCCAAGAACCUUAAUAACAGUGAGGUCUCUGAAAUUCAGAAUCAGACCCCCAAAGUGUCAUCCAGUGACAUGCGCAAAGAUUCCUCUCUGAACACCUUAUCUGCAGUCCAUAACCCCAUUGGCAUAGUUCAGAUCUUUCCAGGAUCUUCUACAGAGAUCAGCACUGGAUUGGUCCCUCCCCACAAAGAGGAAUGCUCUGACGCAAAGCAGGAAUAUGUGCUUCCUACCCUUAAGGGGCUGCCCAACCUAAUGACAAAGGUGCCUGAAAACCCCUCUUCUGGAAAGGUUUUACAAAGUUUCUGUCAAGGACCUGCCUCACGAAUCGAGCCCCAACAGGCUGAACCAUUAAACCCCCUAAAACCUGACAGCAGCCACAUUGUGUCUCCAGCUGAGGCUUGUACUGUGUUAGUUAAUCACCUAACAGGUAAUUCACUAGCAGGUUCACCUGACAAUACUCAGGGUGCUGUGCUGGAUCUUCAGUCCUCCCCCUUAAUAUCAACAGAUGUUCAAUGCCCUUCUCAUGGACUUUCAGAAUCUGUGCAGAUGUAUUCCUGUUUGCAUGGCGGAACCCAGCCUGCUCUCUCGAGUAUUACUCUACAGCCAGUGACCUCAUCACAGGACUCGGCCUUUCUUCAAAUGGAACCUUUGUCUACCAAACUAACCACUCUAAGUCCAGUUGGAGACCCGGCACAUACCAGGUUAAUUGAGUCACCCCAAAAUGAUCCAUUGCUCCCAGGAAACUGCGUCAAAGCAGAAACCUCUGGUACCAUCUCAGUACCCAUGCACUCCACACAAACACAGCCAUUGCGUUCAACAGCGGUCAACAUUGUUUCUUCCUCUGCCUCAGUAUCUUUUCAUCCUGGACUGACUCCAUCUGUCCCUUCUUCAAGCCAAACCACCUCAGCCUCUGUCAUGUUAAAUGGCUACAGCACUUCUUCCACGCAGAAGGAAGCUUCACCUGGCCACACAAUCUCAAUCAACUUUUCUACACCAAGGCCCGCUUUAGAACCUCAGCAGCCAGUCUUAUCGCAGGCUCUGCCUGGCCAUGCCAUUCUUACUGUGAAGGAAGUGGGCGGUCCAAAUGUUGACCCGACACCACAUGUCUUGUUGGUGAAUCGUCUUGGGCAGAUUUUUGUAAAGAACCCAGAGAGCAACACAUUCCAGCUACCAAAUCCAAAUUCCCCGUCCUUUAACUGCGUCACUCAGAUUGCCAGCCUUUUACAAAGCAAUGCACUGUCAGCCACGCUAGCAGCGGCCGGUAGCAUGUCCUCGCCACCUCCUGCCUCGAACGUGAUGUCAACCACUUCUGGGAUGGCUACUCCUGCAGAUCAGAAUCCCACCACAAUUACACAGCUGCUUACUCACAAUACAAAUGGGGCAUUGUCAUCGGUUAAUGUAAAGAAGCCAAGAAAGACUGCAAAAACACCCAAAGAUGAAACUGCUCCAGAAAAGAAAAAGCCAAAGAAAAAGAAAGAGUCCAGUGCAUCGAAAAAAUCGAAGCCAUCCAAAACUGUUGGGCAGUGUACUUUGUCACCUAAGAAUUCUGACAUAUCUCCUGCAGAGAGUGCUGAAGCAAUUAUCAACCAAGCAAUGGCAAGCAAUUACACACCCAAGUGGAGCGGGCUUCGGACACUCAGCCCCUCUUCAGUGGUUUUGCCCCCAGGUCUACUUAUUGAACCUGAGCCUCCAGCACCAUGUCCCAAACCUGCACCUCCUCCUGCUUCCCGCCCUCGCACCCAUGUCCGCAUGAAGAGAGUAUCUUCGCUUUCAGACCGAAUUGUCACCAAGAAGUCUAAAGUGGAUUUCCUUCCUUCUAAACCCACCAGCGAGGAGGAGAACAACCGACCAAACUUUCCAAGUGUGUCCAGCAGGGCUUCUGGAGUUCGUAUUAAGACCCCAACUGUCAAAGGAGUACUCAACCUGGACGAGCUUAAGCAAGAGCAUCCAAGUGAUUCUGACAGCUCAGAGUUUGAACCGUGGGACUCUCUGUCUCGAGGUGAACAUGGCAAGCAACAUGCUUGGGAGCCAGUGGGACACAGCAGUCUCAUUGACUGGAAGAAAUACUCUGGUGCUGUGUCCACCUCAGAUGAUGAAUCACCAAUGUCUGAUGAUGACGAAGAAUUUUUGCCAAACAAAGAUCAGCCACACUUACGAUUCGAGAUAAGCAGUGAUGAUGGCUUCAGUGUGGAGGCAGACAGUAUUGAGGUGGCUUGGAAAGCGGUAAUAGAUGGGGUGCAAGAAGCGCGAGCAAUCGCAAAGUUGAGACCUCUGGCUUUUCAGAGGAUGACUGGUGCCCGAAUGCUUGGUCUGGUUCAUGAUGCUGUGGUCUUCUUGCUGGAGCAACUUCAAGGAGCACACCGCUGUCAACAUCACUCGUUCCGUUUUUUCAAACAGUUCAGUCAGGAAGAUGACUUGCCUGUCAAUUCCACCGGCUGUGCCCGCUCCGAGCUCUACCUUAGGAAGUCUACAUUUGACAUGUUCAACUUCCUGGCAUCUCAGCAUCGGCAGCUUCCUGACAUUGGGCCUUAUGACGAUGAAGAAGAUGAUGUUCUUUUGAAGUCCACAAGACGGGCCACUAGUUUGGAGUUGCCCAUGGCUAUGCGAUUUAGACACUUGGAAAGGACGUCAAAGGAAGCUGUCGGCGUGUACAGAUCUGCUAUCCAUGGGCGCGGACUCUUCUGCAAGAGGAACAUCGAAGCAGGCGAGAUGGUGAUUGAGUAUGCUGGCACUGUCAUUCGCGCAGUGCUCACUGACAAACGGGAGAAGUACUACGAUGGCAAGGGUAUUGGCUGUUACAUGUUCCGCAUUGAUGAUUUUGAUGUGGUGGAUGCAACCAUGCACGGCAAUGCGGCCAGAUUCAUCAACCACUCGUGUGAGCCCAACUGCUACUCGCGAGUAAUCAACGUGGAGGGCCGAAAGCAUAUUGUCAUCUUUGCUUUGAGGAAGAUCUACAGGGGAGAGGAGCUCACUUACGAUUACAAGUUCCCCAUCGAGGAUGCCAGCAACAAGCUCAACUGUAACUGUGGGGCCCGGCGAUGUCGACGCUUCCUCAACUGAGAGAUUGCCCGUUUAAGACGGAGUGGGUGUUGUUAACUAGAAAGCCUUAAAUUAAGGUUGCACUGGAUGGAGCUCUAAGAUGUGGAAGGCACUAAGCAUAGGAAUUAGCCACUAUGGAGACUAGUUGACAGCGUUCUAUGUGUGUGGAACCAGAAGAAGAGAAUGUCCGACACUUAUACGUGUUUAAAGGUUCCGCUUAAGGCUGCCUUGUUAUACAAAGCUGGUCCAGCAGGGUCGCCACAUGAGAGAACACAAGAAUUUCCAGAGCAGCACGAUGUUUGGGCGGGGGCUCCAGACCCCAACCACAUUUUUUUGCCACACGUCAAGCCUUAUCUGUUAAAAACAAUGCUGAAAACCUACAACUCAGCUUUGAAAGAUUUUUUUAUGUUUUAGUCAUUUCUGGAGGGAGGGGUUGUCUUUCUUUAGAACCUGUGUAAUCACGCUAGCUCCAUCCUCGGGAGAAGGGAACAUUGUUACCCCAUCUGUGUUGUUGUGAGGUCAGUUCUUGAGCCAUAUAUUCACCCAAAACAUAUGUCAUGUUUUACACUUCUCUUAUCGUGGACAUUUUUUUUUUAAUUGCUUAUAAUUUUUCCAGAAUCAGAAGACAACCAUGGUGCUAAGCAUUGAAGUCUAUUUGACACCUUUGACUGAGAUGUUCUAAAAGAGCCCUGCAGCGGACAUGUAUGUUCAAGUACAGUCUAGCAAACAUUUUUUUUUUAGUCAUCAGCUUCUGUUUUGAGUUCAAAAUUGAAAAGAAACGGCCAAAAAACAUAAUACAUAUUUUUUCUUGUUGUAUAGAAUAUGUAGCAAACACUACCCAUACCAAAAGUUAAGAGUGAUGAAUCUCAGUUUUUAAAGAUAAUGUUUUAUUCCGCUCAUGGUUGCUACUCUAUUCCAAUAAGUCUUUGCGAUCCCACGUAAAUUCGCGUUUGGCAAAUUUCCUGCUACUGUUGAUUUGUAAAUCAGGGAGAGUGCUGGUAUAAAUUGUCACUGAGUGUGUGCAUUAGCUCCUGCAUCAGGCUUGUUGUAAACAUGGUGCACACCUCCUUUUCUUAAUGCAGCACUUGGGAUCACAACAAGCCGCCGUAAGUCAAAAUGGAGCUAGAGACAAUGCGCUCGGCACCUUAAUUAUAUUGAAAUGUUGUUCUUAGUCGGUGUUCAGUACUGUCAUUAAUAAGGUUAAUUGAAUUCACACUGUUUAGAAAUGAGUUGUGAUAUUUAUUCGCUUAUUGGAUUUACUUUUAUUGGUGAAAGGUUGCUGUUUGUAUAAAUGGUGGUGGUGUACAGCUCCAUUUGUAGUGCCCUUUUGUUGUUUUGUUUACAAGUGAUGUCCUUUGUUUCACUAAUUUACUUGAAUUUUCCUUUGAGGCAAUCGCGUCAUACAUUUAUGGCCUUUUUUUUUUUGACCGAAAUUGUUUCAAACCAGGUAUUUUUAAAGAUUAUUUUUUUAUUUAAUUUUAUGUUUUGUUGUCACAGUAAGUAACUGACGGUCUUAGAGUAAGCCACAGAAGUAAAAAGCGAGCACUGUUUGCCUCUUUAAAGUCAUGAUGAUCCUUUUCCUUCCCCCUGUACCUUAUUUUUCCAAACGUAUUUUCAACGGGGUCAUGUUUGUGUCUAGCUUUGAGUCCUUUCAUUUUGCAUGUCCAAUCACUGGGAUGGAGCCCAGAUUGAGUGUCAAUCACCUGGCUGACAAAAAAACAAAACAAAACAGAGUCACUCCCAACUCAUUGCAAGGAUUCUACCUCAGCUGUUUAGACAGAUGUUUGGGAAUACUGAUGCAAAAACAGAGGAUAACUCGGUUUUAAUGUCUACAGAGCUGGUGUGUGUGUGUGUGUGUGCGUGGGUACGUCUGUUUGUGUUGUUUUAGGUGUGUGUUUGCGAUGAAGGAUGCAAAGCUCUAGUCAAACCUGUAAAAAAAAAAAAAAAGAAAAACGAGAAGAAAAAUCAUGUCCAUCUCACCCAGAAUCUGUUCAUAAAGCUAUGUUAUAUUAUACACACAAAUAUAUAAAUAUAUAAAUAUAUAUAGUAGGGUUAUUUUAAAGUAAGUAAGUGUAAAAGACAAAAAUGAGAAAAUAUGUGAUCUUUAAAUUUAUGUCUUUGUUACCAUGUACAAAUAAACCCUGAGUUUGUAAAUAUUUGUAUACGUAUUUCUAAACCGGUUUAAUUUUUCUAUGCACUUUUUUUAUUUAUGAUGUUAUUUGCUUAAAUAAAGAUGUUUCAUCACAUGUUGUACUAUGUACAUGAUGUAUGUAUUUGUUUAUUUUUUAAACUAUGAAUAAUGUGUGAUAUCACGGCAUGUUAAGUGCAGUAGCAUACAGUAUACUGUACAGUAGAACAUCCAAAGUCGAAUGAGGCUGGUUGACUUUUUCGCGUAUAAAAUCAUUUUAAGGGAAUUAUCAGAUGGGUCUCAAACUGUUAUAAAACCUUUAUUAACUAAAUGGCCAUUGUUUUUUUUUUAUCUGUCAUAGAAGUAUACAGAGACGUUAACUACUGGCUAAUAAAUCUAAAAGUAAAGGUAAGAGUCUUUCUAAAAUUCUUCUGGAUUAUUGCUUAUGUGAGUGUUGACUUGUAUGUGAUGUGUACAGGUAGGUGCUGCUGAUGCUCCAGUCCGAGGGGAAGUCAUGCAACGGGUGGCUCUUGACGUGCCUCUGCAUGGCGACCAGGCUGCUGCAGAACUCCAGACACAAGGUGCACUGGUAAGGAGACGCACCACCGUGAGUCCGCAGGUGCUUGAUCAUGGCCGAGAAGUCACGAGAGCGCUGGCCGCAUAGACGACACUCGAAGGGCUUCUCACCUUGGGACAAAGAAAGGACAUGGGCUAAAAUAUUUAGAAUGAGGGUUUGGACCAGGGGUGUCCAAAGUGCAGCCCGGGGCUGUUUGUGUAUUGGCCCGUGGCACAUUAUAAAGUAUAAUUUAACAAGAAAAGUAAAAAAAAAAAAAUAGUAUAAUCAGCAGUAAUUUUACAAAAAGCCAAAAUAUUAAGAGAAAAACAAGAGAAUGAGAAUAGUGUAAUAUUACGAGGAAAAAAUGAUGUUUUGUUAGCAUAAAGCUGUGUUUUUUUUAAGUCACAAGUAAAAAAAAAACGAAUAAAGUUGUAAUUUUUGGAAAAUUAGGAUGUGGAAAUAAAAGAAUAAAGUCAAAAUCAUUGUGAGAAGAAAAUGUAAAAAAACAGUAGAAAGGCAAAGGCUGCUGUAAUUUUACAAGACUAAAGUCAAAAUAUUAACAAAAAAGGGUCAAUUUUAUGAUAGAAUACUUUACUAGCAUAGAGCUGAAAUAUUAAGAAAAACAAAGAUUUUGAGAAACAAAGUUGUAAUUUUCUGGAAUAUUAGAUUGGGGGAAAGUUACAAUGUGGGAAUAAGGUCACGAUAUUACAAAAAGAAACUUUAAAAAAUUUGCGAAAAAAACAACAGCAAAAACGACAAAAAAGAGCAAAGACCGAAGUUCAUUCUAAUACGCUUUUUGAACACACCUGGUUUAGACGUUAACGUGUCUGGACAAUUUGAAGUGAUGUAAUGUAUGUUUUCCUUUUUACAUGCAGAGCAAAUUCAUUACAUUUAGUUACAUUUAAUUGUGAAUAUUUAUGUUAGAUGUAUUUUGAUUUAUUUAUAUUUAAUGUAAUUUCUUUUAGUUUUUACCAGUUAUUUGACCUGCCUUCUGCAAAGGGCCAAAGAGAAAUCAAAUAUUAAAACUGAAUUUAUAUUUAGUUUGCCACCAUUGUCACGUCAAAGCAUACAUUUACGUAAUUUACAGAAAAUAAUUCUAAAAAACAAUUUCUUAACAUUAUUAUCGCACAAUUGCAUAUACAGUACUGCAUACAAAAAUAUUAUUCAAUUUUAACAAUUAUACUUUAUAUUAUCGUGCACUUUCUUUACAUACUACCUAUCUUGCUAGGUGGUAGCAUAUUAACAGUUAGCAUAUUAACAUUUUAACAGUUCACAUGUGAAAUAGUAUCUGCUCACAAAAUGCUUCUUGAGCUGUCUUCUGCUUUCUGGAUGUAGUACGACCCUGCUUUCUUAACGGUUACCAUGCAGACUGUUAGCAUUUUGCAUACAGUAUGAUGGUUAUUUAGCACUUCAGCACCUGUCCAUCAAAUCAAGAACACAAUGGCAAGUUCUGUUACUCCAUUUUGAAGUAUUGCCAUACCUGUGUGAACUCGAUGAUGUGCGUCCAGUUGAUGUUUGAGACUAAACUUUUUGGGACAGUGUAGGCACUGGUAGGGUCUUCCUCUGAGGUCUUGUCCAUUGGAUUGGGAAUGCCGAUCUUUCUCAAAGAGUCGACACCUUGCACGGGCUUCCACUGGUCAGACAAAAAGUGUUGCACGUGAAUAUUCAGGGGAAACACAAUUUGAAGGUGGAGUAGUUCCACUAAUGCAGCUGCCUUAAGGUUUAGAAAAUGUCCCACCUUGCACUAUUUAAUAAAUACUGUAUAUUGCCACUGUUAAAUCACCUGUGAUGCAUGAAGCCGCUUUGAGUCAGCAUCCUGUGCAGAACAUUGUGUUCACUUUCCUGACACUGCAUGUCUGAUUUUUGAAAUAAUACAAGUAUACUAGGUGAGGAAAUGUGGUAAAGUUGCCAUUGUGCCAUACAAUUGUCCCGCAUAGCCUUUCAGAAGGGACAGGAUCGUACGUUGGGUGGGUUUACUCAGGGUACACUGGUUUCCUUCCACUGUCCAAAAAACAUGUACAGUGGUGUGAAGUGUUUGCCUCUUUCCUGAUUUUUUUUUCAUGUUUGUCACACUUAAAUGUUUCAUAUCAUCAAACAAAUUGAAAUAUUAGUCAAUGACCCCACAACUUAACACAAAAUGCAGUUUUAAAAUGAAAUUUUAAAAAAAUAAAAAAAAAAAAUAAAAAAAUACAAACCUACAUGGCACUGUGUGAAAAAGUGAUUGCCCCCUAAACCUAAUAAAUGAUUGGGGCCCCCUUAGCAGCAACAACUGCAAUCAGUCAUUUGCGGUAACCUGCAAUGAAUGUCUUACAGCGCUGUGGAGGAAUUUUGGCCCACUCAUCUUUGCAGAAUUGUUGUGAUUCAGCCACAUUGGAGGGUUUUUGAGCACAAGCCGCCUUUUUAAGAUCAUGCCACAGCAUCUCAAUAGGAUUCAGGUCAGGACUUUUGACAAGGCCACUGCAAAGUCUUUUGAAUCAUUGUCCUGCUGCAGAACCCAGGUUGGUUUCCACUUGAGGUCACAAACAGAUGGCCGAACAUUCUCCUUGAGGACUUUUUGGUACACAGCAGGAUUCAUGGAUCUGUUUAUCACAGCAAGUUUUCCAGGUCCUGAAGCAGCAAAACAACCCCAGACCAUCACACUACCGCCACCAUAUUUUACUGUUGGUUUUAUGUUCUUUUUCUGAAAUGCGGCGUUAUUUUUACGCCAGAUGUAGUGGGCCACACUCCUUCCAAAAUGUACAACUUUUGUCUCUUCAGACCACAGAGUAAGUGUGACAAACAUGCAAAAAAAAAAACAUAUCAGGAAGGGGGCACUUUUUCACACUACUGUAUGUUAGGUUAAUUGGACACCUCGGUGUGGGUGUGAAUACAACAUUGAUGCAUUGCAUUAUUUUCAUCUGUGCAUCCAAAUAACCGCAACACAUUUCUCACAAAUUGUGGGUGCUUCAGUAAGUCAUCAGUAAGUCACAGACAAGUAUUAUCUAUAACAACACUGUACAUAUUUGCAUGAUUGCGUGCUGUUGUUUUUUGUGCACAAGCAACAUUUGUGUGCAGGACGUACUGUACUGCGUGUAUAGCUGUCUAGCUAGUAACCGCACAGCUCCACCAUCCUCUGGAAACCACAACUCUCUUCAACACUUUCCAUGGCGUAGCACAUAGACGCUGAGGUAAGAGGUCACGAUACUGUAAGUGCUCUUUUUAAAGUUACAUUGUAUUAUUGAUGACCCUCUGCACUAAACAUUAUGAGCUGUUAUGUGUCCAUUAUGACAUUGUUACCUGGUGAUGACGAGGCUGACUCCGGCUGCACUGGUUCACUACAGUGCGUGCAGCCUGUAACGGUGUCAGCUCGGUGCACAUUAGGGCAGCUGUGGAGAAGAUUAGUCAUGAAAAGUACUGUAACUGUACCUCUUUAUCUGUGAAAAAUAAUAACAGCAUACCAUAUUUGGUAUAUUGAGUAGUAAGUUGGUGUAUUAUGUUUGGAGCCAGUGUGCAGCACUAUGAGGCAGUGGAUGGGAAAUCA